AUGGAAGGUGCAGUAGAAUGGAAUUCACCACAAAUAUGUGAUGUUAAUAUUGAAAGAGAUAUUUCAAGGAUAACAGAAUUAUUAGAACAUUGUGCUAGUACUGGUGAAUUAAGUGAUGAUAAUAUUGUGCCUUUAAUAAAAAUAUUACAAAGUCCUUUUAUGAAUGCUGUACGUGAAGUAUAUGAACAUGUAUAUUAUGGUUUAAAUGAUUCAUUUACAUCACCAGAACAACAAGCAAAUGCUACUGCAAAAGCUACAGUUGCUGUAUUUGCUGCAUCUGUUGGUCAUGCACAUCCCCGUGUUAUAACAUUGCCUAAAAAUGAACAAGGUUUAGGUUUUAAUGUUAUGGGAGGUAAAGAACAAAAUUCACCAAUUUACAUAUCACGAAUAAUUCCUGGUGGUGUCGCAGAAAAAAAUGGAAACUUAAAACGUGGUGACCAACUUAUUUCUGUCAAUGGAAUCAAUGUUGAAAAAGAAUGCCAUGAAAAAGCUGUUGAAUUAUUAAAAGCAGCUAAAGGUUCCGUUAAAUUAGUCGUAAGAUAUACACCAAAAUUAUUAGAAGAAAUGGAGAGGCGUUUUGAGAAACAAAGACGUCGAACCAAUCAACAAUCUCCUUCUCUCCCAAGAAAUAAAUAG